CGCGGACAUCCGAUGUGUACUGGCCUAGAACAUGACUUUGAUGCUGAAUUUCAAAAAACUUUUCGUUUCCACAGCCCAUGACGGCUCCGACCGUGUGGCAGACCCCAAGAACGCCUCUAUCAACACCCCCCAACCCUCGCUUUCUCCCGCCAAACUCCCGGUCGCAAACCCCGAAAUCACCGAGCCCUUGUCAACCAAAACCUCACCACUGCCUCCUCCCGCCUACGCAAACCCCGUGUUCUCGCUCAACGGCUCGUUGAACGAUAACUACCCCGACCUUCCGCCGUCUUACCGGCUCAUCUGCCUCCUCGGUGAAGGCGCAUUCUCCACCGUGUACAAGGCCAUCGACACCUCGCACGAUGAUGCUACUGUGGCCAUCAAAAUAAUCUCCAAGGACCAUCUCUCGGCUAAGCAGUUGAACAACAUCAAAAACGAGAUCCACAUCAUGCAAAAACUGGGCAAACACCAUCCCAACAUCCUCAAGCUCCUUCAUUACAUCGAUACUCCUCAUCACUGUUUUCUUAUUCUUGAAUACUGCAACGGUGGCGAGAUCUUCAACAAGAUCAUUGAGUACACCUACUUCUCGGAACAGUUGUCCAGACAUGUCUUCAAACAGCUUCUUUCGGCAAUAGAGUACCUUCAUAACCACAAUAUAGUGCACAGGGACAUCAAACCUGAGAACUUGCUUUUCAACCAGAUCCCCUACAUGCCACGGUCAACCCAAGCAUUCAAAGAUGCCCUCCGGAAAUCGGAUGACUCUACCAAGAUUGACGAAGGUGCAUUCAAACCAAACCAUGGAGGUGGAACCAUUGGUAUUAUCAAGCUUGCUGACUUUGGUUUGGCUAAACAGUUACCAUCCGCAUCUUCAUUUUCUGUCCACCAGAACUUGAAAACUCCUUGUGGUACAGCUGGAUACACAGCUCCUGAAGUCAUCACUUGCAACACUGCAUCUCCCACUGACAUUAAUGGUGGUGUUUCUUCCUUCUCUUUGAGAAAGAAGACCUUCCCAAACAAGAUUUCCCGUAAGAAUUACUAUUCUAAAGCGGUCGAUAUUUGGUCACUUGGGUGCUUUUUGUACACCAUUCUUUGCGGGUUUCCUCCAUUCUACGAUGAAGACCCCAACCAGUUGACUCACAAGAUAUUGAAUGGUGAUUUUGAGUAUCUCAAACCAUGGUGGGAUGAAGUUUCCGAUGAUGCCAAAGAUCUUAUUUCUCAAAUGAUCAAUACUGAUCCAGAGACCAGAAUUUCAAUUGAUGAGAUCUGGCAACACCCUUGGGUAAAGGAAGUUUCCAAUGAUCAAAGUGGUAAUUAUUUCGGCGAAGCUUACCAUGAAUAUGAAGUUCACGAAUUAGAUCCAUUUUCAAAGGACAAUGACGUUGAGCACGUCGAGUUCGCCCUCAAGUCAAACUCACAUUCACCUUUGCAUUUGCAUCCAAGCAUUCCUCCUACUGACAACUCAUUCUUUGGUACAUGCGGACCAUCUGCCCAACCAUUGCCAUCGCCUCGUGCUGAAGCAAUCAAAAGAGUAUUUGACAACCCUGCCAUGAUUGGCACAAGAGCCGCAGUUUCGGUAUCUGGUGUUGAUGUUGCCGGUGAGUUAGUUUCCAGCGGAGAGGACUUUUCUGCUAAACAUAAAUCGUCGGUGGUCCAAUUUAUUGAGAACAUCGAAGAGAGAUCGCAUGAUGAAGAUGAUACUGAAGACAGUGAUAUCACUUCUUUCUCGUCCUCGUCCGAUGACCAUUUUGUUGCCAAGAGAGGGAUGAACAGGAUCAAAAACAUCCCCAGGACGCCAAAUCCUACAAAGGAUCAACUAAACAAAUUGAAUUUCAAAGACGUUUUCAAGAUCAACAGCAACUAUACGUCUUCGUCACAAGACGACGAGAACGAAGAUUCAGAGAAGGAUGAUCAAAUUACUAGUCUUGAAACAACAAAUUCAAGGAGAAAGAAUUCAUCUAAAACAAAAGUAGCAGGCAUAUUUUCUCAUGACGAGGAUGCUGAUUUGUCUUCCACCAAUUCUUUAACCGACGGCGAAGAAGAAGAGGACUACCAGACACGCUCGUCCUCCAUAAUUUCUGGUAUCAAUGGGGAUUUCAAGUUUACAUUGAAUUUGAAUGAAUCAAACUUAUUAUCUAGAAGAAGGUCUUCUACUAUUUCGAAGAGCUUGAAAAAGACUCAGUCGAAUAACUCACCCUCCCUCCCACAUGGGAAUCUAACAUCAACCAUUGGAUAGACAUGGUCAUAUGCUGCCUUGGAUUAGGUAUUAGGAGCAUCAAGGAUAUUUCAUUUAGUUCAGGCUGGAUUUAUUAUUAGUGUAUAUUGUUAUGAACGUAAGCAACAUUAAAAAGUGAC